CUUCUGUGCUUCCCCUUGAGGAGUCAUGGGCAGCACGGUGGAGAUGUUACUGUGGACCUGGAUCCUCCUGGACUCGGGGGUGACCUCAGUCUCACUGCCAGAGAUCACAGAUGGGGGGUUCAUUGAUGAAUGUGUGAGGGAGCACAACAGGGCUCGGUCGUCUGUCAACCCACCUGCAAGUAACAUGCUGCACAUGACAUGGGAUGAGGGCUUGGCCUUUACUGCCAGAGCGUGGUCAAGGCACUGUGCAAGUGAACACAACACCCACCUCCAAGAUGUCCGCCGUGUGCACCCCACCUUCGCCUCAGUAGGCGAGAACAUCUGGACAGGCUCACCUUCAUUAUUCAAUGUGACAAGAGCCAUAAAACGUUGGGUGGAUGAAAAGGCUCAUUACGACUACCAAGGGAAUGACUGCAGGUCCGUCUGCGGCCACUACACACAGGUUGUGUGGGGAAGCAGCUACAAGGUGGGUUGUGCCGCCCAGCUGUGCCCAAAUGGUGUCAGGAACUUUGAUACUAGAGAGGGAGUUGUUUUUGUCUGCAAUUAUGCUACAGCGGGCAACAUGAACGCAGAGCGACCGUACGAGUCCGACGGGGAAGCCUGCUCUGGAUGUGAAGGCUCCUGUGUAGACAGACUCUGCCGUAACAAAGAGAGAGAUUCAAAGAAAAGCUACAGCUGGACUCCAGACAUGGACCAAGCUCUGCCUGCUGCAGACCACCACUAUGUGUAUAUUCUGGUGGUCCGGCCCAUCUGCCUCAUCCUCACGUUCAUUGCAUCAUACGCAGUCCACUGCUUCUACCCUGAUGUCUUCUGCUAUGAGUAGACGAACAACCAUGGAUUUAUUCUGACAGUGUUAAGUUGAAGAUGUGACUUUAAUUACAUCUUUAAUAGUUUGGUCUAUAUAGUUUGAUUUUAAGUCUAAAUAGAGCUGUAAACUGUCAAAGUACAUGCACGAUUAUGUCUGCCGCCUCCUGAACACACACCAGUCUUAUCAAAGAGAAAAAUAUAUUUUUCAAUAUUUAAAUACUGCCCAUACAAAAUCUGGACAAUGACAGUGGACAGAGAGAUGUGAGGGAGACAGGAGAAAAAAUCUAUUGCUGUUCAACACACUUUGUCUCCAUACAGUAAAAAACAACUAGGAGAUAUCUUGAAAAACAAAUAUUCAAUAAAAACAUCUGUGACAGUU